GAAUAUCCCGGACUUUAUGCACAUUACUUAUGUCGAUCAGGAACCUUUCGGGGGAAGCACCCACACCUUUCUUGGAGCUACUCAAUCUUGAAUUGCAGCAACCCAGUGGACGUUGGGCGAGAGAACUGAAUGUUAGAAGGAACGGCCAAGAUGACCUGGUACGUAAGAGCUUUCCCUGGGCGUUGCGCCAUAGGUUGCAGGAAGGGGUACGUUUCACUUUCUCUGCCUGCUGCGAGACCUGCGGACGAAUAUCCACCAGAAUCAAAAGGAUAUGCGAAUAAAGACUUUCAAUGUCCCCAUAUCAGACACGUCGCAAUGCAGAAAUUUUAUGCGGGUACGUACGCGUUGGGCUGCCAAUUUUUUUUUUUGCCUAAGCAUGAUCAAAUAUUCCCCAAGCGUUUCUUCACCCAGGGGAAGAAAUGGAAGACGCUCGACGGGCGCAAUCUCGCGCCAAUGCAAGGAUGGAUGAUGGAUUUAGCUGAUGAUGGGACCCUCAACGUCGGCCUUGUUUCUCCUUGGUAUCCGAGGGGAGAUGUCAAGUCCUAUCUGGCGGACGAUCCGUGGGCGGAUCACAAUAAAUUGGUGCGUUCUAGCGCCUGCCACUGCUGAGUCGUCCUCUCACUUGUUUCCAGAUAUCCGAUAUGUUCUAUGGCCUACACUACCUACAUGAUGAGGAAAUUGUGCACGGCAAUAUCAAACCAGUACGCUCAUAUGGUACCUCUCACGGAUUAAUUUGUAGUCCCACUAAUUUCUCGCAGACGAACAUCUUAGUCGAUUUUGACGGUACAGCGGUGCUAUGUGACUACGGAUUGCAAACUCUUCUGCAUGAUAUACGUAUCCCAUUCCAAAGUAUCCGGUAUAUCGCGCCUGAACUUCGUCAGAAUGACAAUGGCGUAUUCCAGUGCAGCUAUGAGGGCGACAUUUGGGCGUUCGGCUGUGUUUCGAUAAAAGUGAGC